AUGUAUCCCUCACUCAAGCCCGGUCAAUUUCGAUCCAGCCAUUUCGGAGGCGAGGAACCGCUUGAAGGUUUGGAAGCUCUACAUUCUGAUGAGACGGGUUCCGGAGACAACUCGAACGCGGGCUCCAGCGGCGCUGAUGAAGACGCCGCGAGACUCCGAUUGAAGAGGAAGUUACAGCGGAACAGAACCAGCUUCACCAACGAACAGAUUGACAAUCUGGAGAGAGAAUUCGAGAGAACUCACUACCCCGACGUGUUCGCGCGGGAGAGACUCGCCGCUAAAAUAGGACUCCCCGAAGCAAGGAUACAGGUGUGGUUCUCGAAUCGGCGCGCGAAGUGGCGUCGCGAGGAGAAGAUCCGCAGCCAGAGACGGAGCCCCGAGUGCUUCACGACGCACGCCCACGCGCACGCACACGCGCACUCCCACGCGCACGCGCACGCGCCCGCACCGGUGACGCACGCGCACCCGCCCGCCCUCUCCGCGCCCGCACAACACUCGCAGCAUCAAUACCAGCCGCCUCUCAACGUGGACACUUACAGCCCCUUGACUCCUAUGGGCUACAGCGGCGGGAUGGUGGGCGAUUCUCCGGUGUGUGAGGGCGGGGACGAGCUGUGUAAGGGAGGUUUCCUGGGCUACCCGCGGUACGACCUGCCCUCAUACAGACACUACAACCACGGAUACCAACACGAACCAGCCUCGCCACCGCCGGAGCAUGUUGUAACAGAGCUGGGCGGACUGCUGGGGGCUGGAGUGUCCGUGCCUCUAGCUGUUCCAGGACACGACCAGCAGUACUGGCCGAGACUGCAGUGACGUUGGUGGAUGUAGACACACACACACACACAUACACAAACAUGGACACGCACACAUUUCCACAAUGCAUCACAUCAUGGACUACACACAUACACACACCAUUACCUUAACCUGUGUUUCGUUGAUGUUGUAUCGAUUCACGCACACAUAGAUACGAACGCUUUCCGUACAAUCAAUAACCGAACACGUCACAGUGAGAAAAUACAAAAGAUAAAUAAAUCGGUAGAUCGAUAACAAUAGUUAUAUUGAGGCUCCGUGUCGCGACCGGCCACAGAUUACAUUAACGAUAACUAAUAUAUUAAGUAAGUUAGCUGCUUUUCAG